AUGGGAGAGAAAAAUGAGUUCAAAACAAGGGAUUUAGUGCAGGAUCUUGGUAGGCUAGUCAAAGGUCCCAUCGAAUCGCUUAGAGAUUUAGUUUCUGGUUUUGAAUUUGCACCUGGUGCUUUAGGAGCAUUGAUGUCUUAUGUAGAAUUACUUGCAGAUGAGAGCAAUUCUGAACUUGUACAGCUGGAAUGGGAAAAAAGAUUGCUUCAUAUGUGGCUAAAACAGCCUCUAAUAGAUUUAAAUGCAAUCAACUCCAGACUAGAUUUGGCACAUGCAUUUGUGAAGAAUGCAGGGCAAAUUGUUGAGAAGAGAAGAGCUGGCUUGCAGCAUAGUGUGAAACUUUAUCAGUUCUCUGGAAUGAUUGAUGGGCAAUUUUCAUCCCUUAUCAAGGAAAAGAAUAUGGAGCUCCUUGUGUUUUGGACUAAUUGUGAUCACUUGAAUAAGUUCAUUGCUCUUGUGGAAACUGCUGUUGACCUCGGUCAGCUUGAUAAUGCAGAAUAA